AUGGCUGAUAAGUGGACUGGCGAAACCGUCCGCAAGACUUUCCACGAUUUCUUCGCGGAGCGGGGCCAUUCUAUCGUUCCUUCUUCCUCCGUUGUCCCGCACAAUGAUCCUACCCUCCUCUUCACCAAUGCUGGCAUGAACCAGUUCAAGCCCAUCUUCCUGGGCACAAUCAACAAGACCGAUGAUAUGGCGAGCUUGAAGCGCGCCGCUGAUACCCAAAAGUGUAUCCGCGCCGGAGGAAAGCACAACGAUCUUGACGAUGUCGGCAAGGACAGCUAUCAUCAUGAAGCCAUUGAGAUGGCUUGGGAGCUUCUAACCAAGGUUUACGGCCUUGAUCCUAGCCGCCUCUACGUCACUUACUUCGAGGGCAGCGAGGCCCUAGGCCUUGAGCCCGACGAGGAGGCGAAACAGCUUUGGCGGUCUGUUGGUGUUCCAGACGAUCACAUUCUUCCCGGAGACGUCAAGGAUAACUUCUGGGAGAUGGGUGACCAGGGUCCCUGCGGCCCCUGCAGCGAGAUCCACUACGACAAGGUCGGCGGCGGCCGGAACGCCGCCCACCUCGUCAACCAGGACGACCCUCUCGUUGUCGAGGUUUGGAACAUCGUCUUCAUGCAGUUCGAUCGCCAGGCCGAUAAGAGCCUCAAGUCUCUCCCCGCCAAGCACAUCGAUACCGGCAUGGGUUUCGAGCGCCUCGUUUCCGCUCUUCAGGACAAGAUCUCCAACUACGCUACCGAUGUUUUUACCCCUCUCUUCGACCAAAUACAACAAGUCACUGGCGCCAGGCCCUAUACCGACAAAUACGGCAAGGAUGACGCCGAUGGUGUCGACACCGCCUACCGCGUCGUUGCCGACCACAUCCGCCUUCUCACUUUUUCCAUCGCCGAUGGUGCGGUACCUAACAAUGAUGGCCGUGGCUAUGUAGUCCGCCGAGUCCUCCGCCGAGGUGCCCGAUAUGCCAGGAAAUACUUCAACACUGAGAUUGGGGCCUUCUUUUCCAAGAUCCUCCCCGCUCUUGUCAAGCAGAUGGGAGAGCAGUUCCCUGAGAUUGUCAAGAAGCAGCAAGACAUUGCGGAGAUCCUCGAUGAGGAGGAGGUUGCCUUUGCCCGAGCUCUUGAUCGCGGCGAAGUUCAAUUCGAAAAGUAUGCCAAGGAGGCCCUCGUAAGGGACGACAAGAAGCUUGACGGCGCUCUCGUUUGGCUUUUGUAUGAGACCUUUGGCUUCCCCGUCGAUCUCACACAGUUGAUGGCCGAGGAAAAGGGCCUCAAGAUUGACAACGCUGAGGUGGAGGUUGCCCGAGAAAAGGCCAGGGAAGCUAGCAAGUCGGUCAAGGAUGCCGUUCAGACUUUCAGCAAGCUGAAUGUCCACCAGAUUGCCGAGCUCGAGAAGGAUUUGGGAGUUGAGAGGACCCUGGACGAUGCCAAGUUCAAGAAGGAUGAGAUCACCGGCAAGGUUCAAAUCAUCUUUGACGGCCAGGGCUUUAUCAAAUCCACCAAGGAUCUUCCUAACAAUACCCCCAUCGGCAUUCUCUUGGACCAAACCAACUUUUACGCCGAGUCUGGUGGUCAGGUUGCGGACACGGGUCGCCUCGUCAUUGACGGCUCUGCCGAGUUCAAGGUUCUCGAUGUCCAGGCCUACGGCGGAUACAUUGUGCACAACGGUUAUCUUGAGUACGGCCAGCUCUCCGCUGGAGAUGAUGUCAUCUGUGACUAUGACGAGCUCCGCAGGUCUCCUAUCCGUAACAACCACACUGGUACUCAUGUUCUCAACCACUCUCUGAGGGAUGUUCUUGGAGCGGAUGUCCACCAGAAGGGCUCCCUUGUCGAUGCAGACAAACUCCGCUUUGACUUCUCCCACAAGACUGGUGUCACCCUUCCUGAGCUCAAGAAGAUUGAGGAGCUGUCCAACGAGACCAUCAAAGAGGACCUCAAGAUCUACGCCAAGGACCUUGACCUCGAUGUCGCUCGUUCGAUCGAGGGCUGCCGUGCCGUCUUUGGCGAGACAUACCCUAACCCUGUCCGCCUUGUCUCCGUCGGCGCUGAUAUUGAUGAGAUGGUGGCUGACCCCAAGAACCCCAAGUGGCGCAAGUACAGCGUUGAGCUUUGCGGCGGCACCCACGUCGAGAAGACGGGCGCGAUCAAGAACUUUAUCAUCGUUGAGGAGUCGGGCAUUGCCAAGGGCAUCCGCCGAAUCAUUGUGUACACGGGCGACGCCGCACGCGAGUGCCAGCGCCUUGCGGACGACUUCUCUCAGCGCUUGGACUCCCUCGAGAAGAUGACCAACGGCCCCGAGAAGGAGCAUGCUGUCAAGACCACGGGCGUCGACCUCUCUCAGCUCACCAUCUCCACCCUCACCAAGGAUGAUCUCAAGAAGCGGUUCGACAAGAUUUCGCAGGCUGUGCUCGCCGAGCAGAAGAAGCGCCAAAAGGCCGAGUCCAAGACCGCCAUGGACGCCGUCCAGGACCACUUCAAGAAGGACGAGGAGGCUAAGUGGUUCGUUGGCCGUCUUCCCAUCUCGGCUAACGCCAAGGCCAUUGCCGAUGUGGUCAACUUUUACAAAACCAAGGACAAGGAGAGGUCCGUCUAUCUCUUUGGCGGUAGCAAUGAAGAGGGCGCCGUCUGUCACGCCGUCUAUGUUGGCACUCAUCUCGCUUCCAAGGGCGUCACCGCCGAGGGUUGGGCGACUAGCGUCACGGAGGUUAUUGGUGGACGUGCCGGCGGCAAAGAGCCGACCCGGCAAGGACAGGGCACGAAGCCCGAGGCGAUCGAAGACGCCGUCUCCACUGCUGCCCAGUGGCUCGAGGAGAAGCUCAAGCUGUAA